UGUGCUGUGUCCCUCGGACACAGCAGAUCACGGAAAGAGCUGAAGAUGUCGGCUCGGCCAUGUGAUCAGCUGUGUCCAAUCACAGUUGAUCACUGAUCAUCAGUGCACUGAUGAUCAGUGUGCCCUGAUGAUCAGUGUGGCCCCAGAAGUGCCACCUGUCAGUGCUCAUCAGUGCCACGUGCCAUUGCCCAUCAGCUGCCUUCCAAUGUCACUCAUCAGUGCCAGUCAGUGCCACCUAUCAGUGCUGCCAAUCAGUGCCACCUAUCAGUGCCAGUCAGUUUCACAUAUCAGUGCGCAUUAGUGCCAGUCAGUGCCACCUAUCAGUGCCAGUCAGUGCCACCUAACAGUGCCAGUAAGUGCUGCCUAUCAUUGCCAGUCAGUG